AUGUGCACCACUUUUACCUCAAUUAUUAUCUUUCCACUUCAAUACGCGAUUUAUCAACAAUCUAUAAUGCAAUCGAAUAAUAAAGAAGCUCAAAUACUCUUAGCUAUCGAAGCUAUUCGAAAAGAUAAAAAAUUAAGCAUUCGGAAGGCUGCAAAGCUAUAUAAUAUAUCGCAUACAACACUUAUCCGCAGAAUGAAUGGUUUAACCCCUCGUACGGAAUUUCGACCAAAAAGCCAUAAUUUGACUGAUUUGGAAGAGGAAGUACUUAUUCAAUAUAUACUCGACAUGGACGAGAGAGGAUUUAGUCCUCGAAUAAGUGAUGUGGAAGAUAUGGCGAAUUAUAUACUCGAAACGCGGGGUGCGAAGAAGGUUGGAAAGCUCUGGGCUUAUCGCUUUAUGAAACGAUAUACAGAAUUAAAGACGUGUUUUAAUUGCGUUUAUGACUUUCAAAGAGCUCUCUGCAAAGAUUCAGAGCUUAUUGAAAGAUGA